AUGGAGCAGCCGCCGCCGCUGCCCGCCCGCCCGCCAGUGAGCACGGCCUUGCUGGGCAGCCCUCAGCCCGGCAUCCCCUCCGCGGACCGCAUGAGGCCGCCGCUGGGCCCGGAGACGGCGAAGCUACUGUCGCACGGGGCUGUGGUGGCGGCCCAGGCGCUCGUCCUACUGCUCAUCUUCCUGCUGUCUAGCCUGGGCAACUGCGCGGUGAUGGGGGUGAUCAUGAAGCACCGGCAGCUCCGCACCGUUACCAACGCCUUUAUCCUGUCCUUGUCCCUGUCGGACCUGCUCACGGCGCUGCUCUGCCUGCCCGCCGCCUUUCUGGAUCUCUUUACGCCGCCCGGAGGCUCGGCGCCCACUGCCGCCACUGCCGCCUCUACGGGGCCCUGGCGCAGCUUCUGCGCUGCCAGCCGCUUCUUCAGCUCGUGCUUCGGCAUCGUCUCCACGUUCAGCGUAGCCCUCAUCUCGCUGGACCGCUACUGCGCCAUCGUGCGUCCGCCGCGAGAGAAGAUCGGCCGUCGCCGCGGGCUGCAGCUGCUGGCGGGUGCCUGGCUGGUGGCCCUGGGCUUCUCCUUGCCCUGGGAGCUGCUGAGGGCGCCCCUGGAGCCCCCGGCGGCGCAAAGCUUCCACGGCUGCCUGUACCAGACCUCCCCAGACCCCGCGCAGCUCGGCGCGGCCUACAGCGUGGGGCUGGUGGUGGCCUGCUACCUGCUGCCCUUCCUGCUCAUGUGUUUCUGCCACUACCACAUCUGUAAGACCGUGCGCCUGUCGGACAUGCGUGUGCGGCCGGUGACCACCUACGCGCGCGUGGUGCGCUUCUUCAGCGAGGUGCGCACGGCCACCACUGUGCUCAUCAUGAUCGUCUUCGUCAUGGGCUGCUGGGGGCCCUACUGCUUCCUGGUGCUGCUGGCUGCGGCCCGGCAGGCCCAGGCCGCGCAGGCUCCCUCGCUCCUCAACGUGGUGGCUGUCUGGCUGACCUGGGCCAAUGGGGCUAUCAACCCCGUCAUCUAUGCCAUCCGCAACCCCAACAUUUCGAUGCUCCUGGGGCGCAACCGGGAAGAAGGCUACAGAACUAGGAAUGUAGACCUUUUCCUGCCCACCCAGCGCCCGGGUUUGCGGGCCCGAAGCCGCAAUCGCCUUCGAAACCGCUAUGCCAACCGGCUGGGACCCUGCAGCAGGAUGUCCUCUUCGAACCGAGCCAGUGGUGCGGGAGGGGACGUAGCCAUGUGGGCCUGCAAAAAUCCAAUUGUGCUUUUCUGCCGGGAGGGGCCAGCAGAGCCUGUGACAGCAGCGGCCAAACAACUUAAAUCGGAAGCCGGAGAUACCAGCCUCUAAGAAGGAUUGUGAGUCAACGCUCGUGGAAGCGAAUUUCCACCCCUUUCAUCUGGUGAUACAAGAUUCCAGGGGAAAACAUGGGAUUUCAUAAAGCCAAACAUUUAAAAGAGACGGGGGGAGGCUUACCACUUCCCCCAAAGGGCUCCAUAAAAGACAAUGUUCCCUUCUUCCAAAGUGCCAAAAGGAAUGUAAAAAUUAAAACAAUCUUAAACCACACAACCAAACAUUGUGAACUGUAAGUGCCAAAAAUGAGAAAAAUAAA